GGUGUCGCUGGUGGGCUCACUGCGCUCACAAAAAUGCCCUCAUGCAACAUCCUCGUCCUUGGUGCUCAGAAACGUUUACUUUCAGGAUUCAGUAAUUCUUCUGUUUUACCCCACACUGGGUUCAUAUACAACGCCGAUGUGGUCCAGAAGCUACCGCCGGAUUUGCGCAUGAAGGCCGCUCGCCUGUUAGCAAACAAGUUCGCCCUGGCUGCCCGAGUGGAUUUGUUCCACGAAGCUACAGAUGGACGCAUCGGUGAGAAGCUAAUGCUAGAAGUGGAAAGGAAGUUUGACAAAUGGCUCGAACCUCCUCCCGUGAAAACCGUCAAAGCUUUGCCAGCUCCAAUCGAUCCUCCCGCAAAGAAACGAGGCGGCAAGCGUUAUCGCAAGUUGAAAGAGCGUCUCGGUAUGUCCGAACUUCGUCGCUCCGCUAACAGAAUGCAGUUUGGUGAAAUCAGUGACGAUGCUUAUCAAAGCGAUCUCGGAUUUUCCCUGGGUUCCCUUGGUCAGCGUGGUAUUGCCGGUCGAUUGCGAGCUCCACAAGCAGACUCUAAAACCAAAGCCCGUGUAAGCAAAGCGCUUCAGCAGAAAUUGUCUCGAUUCGGAGGGAUGUCGACUAUGCCAACAACGGCACUGGGUGCCACCACAUGGGGAGGCAGCUCCACAGUCCGAAAACAAGUUGCUGGUACUUCUUCGUCAAUCGCAUUCACUCCAUUGCAGGGUCUGGAGAUAGUCAACCCGCAGGCGGCUGAAAGAACAGUGGAUGCAGGAAACAAAUACUUCAGCAGUACCUCCGGAUUCGCCAAAAUCCAAUCACAGACACCAAAGUCGAACCCGGUCGGUUAAUGUUCCGGUCAUGUACCCUAUCUUAUUCUGUACAAAGUUCUCACUACGUAAACUC